AUGACGAACACCUUUGACAAGCGGCGUAGGCGACUGAAAGAGAUCGCCGAAAGCACCCUAGAAGCCAUCGAGCAAGGGUCUUUCUCUCUCAACAACGUUACUCACGACCUGAACUCUCGGAUUGUGCGUGCAAAGAAGAAUACACGAUAUUACGCUCCAGACUCCCUGCUUUCCAGAUGGUCCUCACUUUCUCCGCCAUGGAGGUCGCCCCAAACGCCGACCAAAGUCUCCCUGUUGGAGACGUCUACGCUGGAGGGUGCGCGGUGGUUAUCCGCGACACACAGCGGAAACCGACCGGCUUCUGAUGCCUCUGCAAAAAUCGCCAUUCUCAAUUUUGCAUCCGCGAAGAAGCCUGGCGGAGGCUUCAAGAGCGGCGCACAGGCGCAAGAAGAGUCCAUUGCCCGCUCGUCCACGCUAUACCCAACACUGAUGACGCGCACCGGGCAGGAGUUUUACACGCUCCAUCAUCGCGACCAGAAGGGCGGGUAUUACUCCCACGCGAUGAUCUACUCUCCUGGUGUCACGGUCUUCCGAGAUGACGGCGGUGGAUGGGUCGAGCCGCUGGAUGUCGACGUGCUUACCAGUGCGGCCGUCAAUGCUGGCGUGGCCCGACACACGCUGCACGGUCGCGUGGCGGGGCCUGCGGUGGAAGGAAAGAUUGAGAAAGCCAUGCGAGAGCGGAUGGCACGGAUUCUGUAUCUCUUCGAGAGCAACAGAGCGACUUCGAUUGUCCUAGGCAGCUUUGGGACGGGUGUAUUCAGGAACAAUGUCGCCGUUGUAGCAAACAUUUGGGCCGACCUACUGCUUUCGGACGGAGCGAGGUUCAAAGAUUCUUUUGACCACGUCGCGUUUGCAAUACUGGGCAAACCGACGUUUGAGGAAUUCCAGAAGGUCUUCGAGGACAGGAGGAAGAGUGGCCCGGAUGGUUCAGACUCUGCAGACCAAUCGAAGUUUGAAGAUACAUGA